UCCUCGAGAGCGCAGCACGCAGCACGCACCACGACGCAACGUGUGAUUAACAGUUCAGUUCGAGAGUUGCCGUUGUACACCUAAGCAACAGCACCAACAACAAUUUCGCUGUUGUGUGUGUGCUUGUGCUCGUCUGUCCUUCACACCGUCCACGUCAGCAGCAGUAGCAAUAAAAUUUAAAUCGAGCAAAAAGUGUAAUUUUAGUGAAAACCUAAAACAACAGCAACAAAAAAAAACCGCCAAAAUGUCCAAGAACAAUGAAAAAGUUGCCUACGAGUUUCCACAGCCUGCAAAGAAGGUAACCCUUUCCGAGUUCAUAUAUGAUCCACAAAAUGGAACUUUUUUCGGACGUACCGGCAAAAACUGGGGUCAACUAUUCUUCUUCUACACGAUCUUCUACAUUGUUCUUGCCGCACUGUUUGCGAUCUGCAUGCAGGGUCUGUUGUCCACGAUCGAAAAUGAUAAGCCCAAAUGGCAACUGGAGAGCUCGCUGAUAGGCACAAAUCCCGGUUUAGGUUUCCGUCCGUUAAGCGAACAAACAGAGCGCGGAGGCAUUAUACAAUUUGAUGCCCGCAAAGACGCAGAAUCAGAUUACUGGAUUGAGUUAAUCAAUGAUUUUCUGGACGAUUAUAAUAAUACGGAGGGUCGCAAGGUCAAGCACUGCGACUUCAAUCAGAACCACAAGCCUACCGAUGUGUGUUUGGUGGAUGUGAACGACCUCAAGGGCUGCUCGAGGGAAAACAACUAUGGCUAUAAGACGCGCCAGCCUUGUGUUUUCCUCAAGCUAAACAAAAUCUAUGGCUGGAAUCCCGAAUAUUACGAUAGCCCCGCCAACCUGCCCAAUGACAUGCCCUCAUCACUGAAGCAGCGCAUCAAUGAGACGAACCAGUUAGAGCUGCAACAAAUCUGGGUUUCGUGCACAGGCCACUACGGCAAGGAUCAGGAGAACUUUGACGGCAUUUCUUACUAUCCACGUCAAGGCUUCCCAGCCUUCUACUAUCCCUAUCUAAAUCAGCCAGGCUAUCUGAGUCCGAUAGUUGCUGUGCAAUUCAGUCGUUUACCAAAUAACACCUUGGUGGAGGUCGAAUGUCGUGCCUGGGCCAAGAAUAUCAUAUAUAGCGGCAGGCAGCGCGAUCGUAUGGGCUCCGUCACCUUCCAGCUGAUGGUCGACUAAGGACCGAGCUCUACACUACACUGCACUACAAGAACUUGUGAUCGCAACUACAACCACCAAUCUAACUCUAUAUAUAAAUGUUUUAUAUAGCAAGUUAUAUGGCGUCGUUCAAGUGGAAGUUGUGAAGAAGACGAGAGACCAACUAACUACCAACUACCAGCUACCAACUACAAGGCGAUUAAUUCAUAAAUAGGGCUUAGGCGAAUUCAAGUGUUAAAUGUGUUGUAUAUAUUUAUAGAAAAGAGAUCAAGUGAGAAGUGAAGAGAGCAAUUAUAGGAAAGAUUUGCCCAAAAUGUUAAAACUUGAGAAGAAAAACAAUGAUAGAAAAGUUCAAAAAACCAAUAUGCGCCGCAAAAGCCACAGCUCUUGCAAUUGUUGUUAUAGCUUCAGGCUUGUUCUAUAUGCUAUAAGUUCUUAAUUUUAAUAUUUAAACAUUAUUAAUUUCUGUAAUUAUGCGAUGAUUUUCGUCACUUGUAUUUAGUUAAUUAGAAUUAUUCAAUAUCUGUUAUGAUUUACUUUGUUUUCACGUCCACUUCUAAAGAGAAUAAAUAAUCAUUUUUGUUAAACUUUAAA